CACUGCAGAAGGUCAAGGCACUUUUACACUUUUACCCACAGUCAGUUGUCCCCGUGCCUUGUUGACGACACAUUUGUGAACCGGUAGUUUAUUGGAGUUUAUCAGCUGUAGGACCAGAGGAAGAGGGAAAUAUGUGCAGAUGAUCUCGGGCCGCUGGAGUUGCUUGUUUUCGUCAUGGCCAGCACAUCACUACUGAGGGCAGCUUGUGUUGUGAUGGUGAUCACCGCAUCCGUGUCGGGCUGCGACAGAGGGCUCUACGAGAGAGUGAUCGAUGACCUCUGCCUGGCUGAGUUCAAGUUCAACAUGGGGUCAGUGGGCCGAGGUCUGUGGUGCAGCUGGCCAGACACCAGAGAGAUCUACGAGGGAUUGACCAAUUGUACCUACCAGGUGGCGUUGAGAAUGGACUGCUUCUGGCCUGAUCAGAUUGUCGACCGCUUCUUUGUGCAGAUCCACCGAAACUACUUCCACGACUGCACGUUGACCGGCCGGCUCAUCCACGACCCGCCGGCCAGUGUCCUUGCGCCGUUCAUCGCCGUGCCGGUAUUGGUCACCCUUCUUGUGACUGCCCUUGUGGUGUGGAGGAGUAAACGCACAGAAGGAGUUCUAUAGGGACAAACGUAGUUAUACACUCAACAAAAACAACACUUUUUGUUUUUGCUCCCGUUUUUCUUGAGCAUCUCUGUAAAAUAUUGUUCGGAAUUCUGUGUUACUGAGCGCUCAACUCAUAAUUCACCCCCCUCCUGGUGUGGCAUAUCAAGAUGCUGAUUAAACAGCACAGGUGUGCCUUGGACUGGCCACAAUAAAAGGCCACUCCAAAAUGUGCAGUUAAACUGUAAUGCUGGUUGCGUCAAGGGAAAAGCAGACAAGGGGCAGGACAAGCUCUUUGAGAAUAAUAACAUACAAUUUAAUAACGGCCUUGUUGACUUGUUGCAUUUAUAUUUUCCUUAACCCCUUACAUUUCUGCCAAGUGGUACAUUUCAGUUCAUUUUUCCACUGGAGAGUUUGGAAUGGUAAAUCUUGAACUGUCGUGUGUUUCCACGAUGAUAGCUACAUAAUUGACAUAUAUCGUGUGUAUCGUUUCCACACAGGGCCAUGCAGU